GCAUGACCCACAUUGAGUUCUUUCUUGAAUUUUUGAUAACUUUCUUCCAGCAAAAUGGGUAACCCGAAUGCUCCAUUAGCGGGAGUUACUAAAGAUUUUAAAGCUAGGCUGGCAUGCUACAAAAAUGAUUGGGUUGAUACAUGUGGCUCUGGAGCAAGGAUUUUGGCUCCAACAGCAUACAUUUUCUUUGCUUCUGCUGUUCCUGUAAUCGCCUUUGGGGAGCAAUUGAGUCGGGAUACAGAGGAGACCUUAAGCCCUGUUGAGACACUUGCUUCUACCGCUAUCUGUGGGGUCAUCCAAGCGGUUUUCGGUGGGCAGCCGUUGUUGAUUCUAGGAGUUGCAGAACCAACCAUUAUAAUGUACCACUACUUAUAUGAUUUUGCCAAGAGCAGGAUAGGAAAAGAACUGUAUUUAGCAUGGGUCGGGUGGGUCUGUUUCUGGACGGCCUUGAUGCUGUUUCUUCUAGCUAUUUUUAACGCUUGUACCGUUAUCACUCGAUUUACAAGGGUGGCAGGGGAACUUUUUGGCAUGUUAAUCACAGUUCUUUUCAUUCAGGAGGCCAUCAGGGGUGUGAUCAGUGAAUUUAGCAUGCCAGAAGGUGAAAAUGCCACAGAAGAGAUAUAUCAUUUUGAAUGGCUUUAUAUUAAUGGGUUACUCGCAGUUAUAUUCACUAUUGGUGUGCUUAUCAUGUCCCUGGAGAGCAGAGAAGCUAGGUCCUGGCGUUAUGGUACAGGCUGGCUUCGGAGUAUAAUUGCAGACUACGGGGUUCCACUGAUGGUUGUGCUAUGGACUGCAAUAUCUUACAGCGUACCGAGCAAAAUUCCUUCUGGAGUACCCAGGAGGCUGAACAGUGCUCUUCCUUGGGAUUCUUCAUCAAUGUACCAUUGGACGGUGGCUAAGGACAUGGGAAAGGUACCGGCAGGGUAUAUUUUUGCUGCCAUUAUACCAGCCCUGAUGAUUGCAGGUCUAUACUUUUUUGAUCACAGUGUAGCUUCGCAGCUGGCUCAACAGAGUGAAUUCAACCUGACAAAACCAACUGCCUACCACUAUGAUAUCUUGUUGCUGGGGGUCAUGACUUUAAUCUGCGGAUUACUUGGACUUCCUCCUUCGAAUGGGGUGCUUCCACAAUCUCCGAUGCAUACCAAGAGUCUCGCAGUCCUUAAGAAGCAGGUGAUUCGGGAUAAAAUGGUUAAGUGUGCAAAAGAGGGCAUGAAAGAGCAAGUCAGCCACUCAGAGAUCUAUAGACGAAUGCACACUGUGUUUGUUGAGAUGGACAGUGCUCCAUCACAAGCUGUGGAGAAAGAGUUGGCAGACUUGAAGGAAGCUGUCGUGAAACACGACAACGAAGGAGAAUCAAAUGGCAAAUUUGAUCCUGAAAAGUGUAUUGAUCUCCACUUGCCCGUUCGAGUAAACGAGCAAAGAGUCAGCAACUUUCUGCAAUCCGUAGCUGUGGGGCUUGCUAUCUGCGCUAUGCCUGUGAUCAAGAUGAUACCAACCUCGGUUUUAUGGGGAUACUUCGCCUACAUGGGCAUCGAAAGCCUCCCAGGUAAUCAGUUCUGGGAGAGGAUGCUGCUGCUCCUUGUUCCUCCUCGUCGUCGUUUCAAAGUCCUUCAAGAGUCCCAUGCUUCCUUUGUGGAGUCAGUCCCUUUCAAAUACAUAACCUCAUUCACACUGUUUCAGUUAGUCUACCUCUUGGUGUGUUUUGGAAUAACCUGGAUACCCAUUGCUGGAAUAUUGUUUCCACUGCCUUUUUUCCUUCUGAUAAGCAUAAGAGAGCACCUUCUCCCAAAGGUGUUUCCACCUCAAUAUCUUCAGGAACUGGAUGCAGCUGAGUACGAAGAAAUUAUCGGAAAUCCAUUUAGGAGGAGUCCAUCUAAGAGGGACGGCGAAUCACCUGAUGAUGAUAGCGGUGAGAGUUCCGACGAGUUUACUGAUGCUGAAAUACUAGACGAGAUGACGACCCACAGAGGUGAAUUGAAGCACAGGUCGAUGAACUCCCGAGACAGGUUAUCUCAGAAGGAUCUACUGCCAAAAGUGGAUCACUUGCAAUGAAAUUGUCAA